AGGGGGGCCUCCCUCCUCAUCCUCCUGCAGAUUGUCUCUCGCGCCAUUACUUUUAUCGCCAACCAGGUCCUUGUCCGUUUCCUUACUGCUCAGCUGCUUGGUAUAUCUACGCAGCUAGAGGUAUACUACCUCUCUGUCCUCUUCUUCGCACGGGAGAGCCUGCGAGUGGCUAAAUUACGGCAGGCAGAAGAGACGCAGGCGGUGGUAAAUCUGGGCUACAUUGCCAUCCUGCUUGGCCUGGUAGCGGCUGGCGUUUUGGGAUGGGCCUACCUCCGGUCUGUCCCUGUGGAAACUAUUCUCACCACGCCCAACUUCACCUCCUCCGUCUACAUCUACGCCCUGGCCUCGAUCCUCGAGCUGCUCUCCGAGCCGGCCUUUGUGGUGAUGCAGGUCCGCCUCAAGUUCGGUGCCCGUGCCUCGGCAGAGGCUGUCGCGACGUUUGGCAAGUGUGUUGUUACCCUCGGUUCGGCAGUCUGGGCCUCGCGCAGCGGUAUCGAGCUAGGCGUGCUGCCCUUCGCCCUGGGCCAGACCGCCUAUGGCCUCGGCCUUUUGGGGGUCUACACUUGGUACGGAACCGCACUUUCGGGUCAAGAGGGCUUCUCGCUGCUGCCAAAGCCCCUGGGUGGAGAAGGAGACUACCUCUUGUCAUACUUCUACCACCCCACCGUCAACCUUGCCUCGUCCAUGAUGGUCCAGAGCUUCGUCAAGCAUCUGCUUACCCAGGGCGACACCUUUCUCGUCAGUAUUCUGUCCACAACCACGGCGCAGGGCGUCUAUGCGCUCGCCAACAACUACGGCGGCCUGCUUGCGCGGCUGGUGCUGCAGCCCAUUGAAGAGAGUAGUCGGAGCUACUGGAGCCGCCUCCUAUCUUCCAGCGCCGCCAACGGCCCGCCUCUGGCUACUGUUACAAAUACCGAACAGAAGAAGGACCAGAACAAGGAGAAGCAGAGCGAUGGCCUCGCCCUCCGUCAGGCGUCAGAGAACCUGACCGCAUUGCUCCAGGCAUACACCCUAGCCUCUCUGCCCCUUCUCGCUCUCGGUCCCGUUGCCGCCCCGCUGGUCCUCUCCACCGUGGCAGGGCCGCAAUGGACCGCCUCGGGCGCAGGGGACGCCCUCGCCGCCUACGUCUACUACAUCCCCCUCCUCGCCAUCAAUGGGCUGACAGAGGCCUUUGUCGCUUCUGUCGCCACUGAGGCCCAGGUCCACCGCCAGAGCGUGUGGAUGAUGGGCUUCUCGCUCGUAUUUGCAGGCGCGGGGUACGUGUUCAUGCGUGUGCUAGGCUGGGGCGCCGUGGGGCUCGUGUGCGCCAACGGGAUCAACAUGGUCUGUAGGAUCGUCUGGGCGAUCUGGUUCAUCCGGGGGUACUUU